AUGAUGGAAUUAAUAAUAAACAGUGAAAAUGUUCAAACAAGUUUAUAUGAAACAAAUAAAAUAAAAACCAAUUAUUUAAAUGAAGUUGAAUCAAAUGUUUUGUAUUUUGAUGGAUUAAAAUAUAUUGUUGUUCGGGACGACUUUUUGGUUGUUAUAAAUUCGAAAAACCUCGAAGAAAUUCUAUUGUCAAAUUUUAACAAAAGAGUUGUUAUUGCUUCUGUAAAUGGUUUUAAUAUAAAUGAAAAUUAUUGUAUGAUGGGUCAAGUGGAAAACAAUAUUUUCAUAUGUUUAGAAUAUCUUAGAUGUCCAUUUGGAUUUCGUAAUUCAACAUCCAAAACAUGUGAACGUUGUCCCGACCAAAAUUGUAUUUAUUGUGAAGAUACAACACAAAAAUGCAUCCAAUGCCAACCAAAUUUCAUGAACAAAAAUGGAACAUGCAUGAUAGACUACUCAUGUAAAGCAAGUAAUGGAAAUGACUGUUAUAAGUGCAUUGAUGGGAAAGAAAAGAGAGAUAUGAAAUGUGUUGAACCCACAGAACAUUGUCAGUCUUGGGGGAAUACUUCUUUUUGUGAGUUUUGUAAUCCACAAGAAAGAGUAAUUAACAAAGAUGGGAAAUGUGAAGAUGUAUCUAAAAACAUUGUUACUUAUAGUAACGACCGUGUUUUGUCAUGCGAUAAAAAUAAUUUUGUCAAAGAUAAUUUAUGUCAAAAAUGUUCCAUGUUUUAUGAAAACAGCAUGUAUUGCGAAUUUAAUAAAAUCACAAAGUGUGACAUUGAAUUCUUAAUAAUUGAAAAUCAACUAUGUUCUAAAAGUUCUUGUAGUAAUUCUGAAAAUUCACACAAAGAUACGAACGGGUUGUGUUUUCCAUCAAUUUCAAAUUGUGAUUUAACAGUCAAUAAUAAAUGUGUUUUGUGUGAAACACAAUUUGUACUCACAACAAAUAAUACAUGUGUUUUUUACAAUGAUUCAAGUUGUCAAUUCCAAGACACUUUAGGAUGCCACAGAUGUGUUUCAGGCUCAUUUUCUGAUUCUUUUAAUACAUGUCAAACGUGUGAUGAUAAUUGUUUGACGUGUUUAUUUAACAGUACGUUUUGCCUUACAUGUAAAAAUGGAUAUUUUGUAAACGAUUUUAAAUGUGUUCCAAAUAAAGAAUUGGAGGAAACAUGCAAGAAGUUUUCGGUUACUGGUUCGGGGUGUUAUCGCUGUAAAAUCGGGUUUUAUCGAGUUGGGUUGAAUUGCUAUAAAUGUCAAGAAAAAUGUUCAACGUGUGUAAAUGGAGAAACGUGCACUGAAUGUAAUAUAACCAAUUAUAAAACAUCUGAUGGCGACUGUCUACCUCAAAAUUCUAUUUUUGGGUGUGCUUCUCCAAUAACACAAAAUGGAUGUUCUAUGUGCCAGCAAGGUUUUUAUAAAUACAAAGAAAACCAAUGUCAAAAAUGUAAUGAAAAAUGUUCAACGUGUACGUCACUUGAUGUGUGUAAUAUUUGUAUUGAAGAUUAUAUUUUAAUUGGAGGUAUGUGUAUCCAUUAUUCUUCUUUAGAUAAUUGUCUUUCUUCCACUUUUUCAAAAUGUUCCAAAUGUGCCUUUUGGCAUAAACCAAGUGUUGAUGGUACUUUCUGUGAUUUGUCUCCCGUGUGGUGGGUGAUCUUAUUAAUUAUUCUUUUUAUAUUGUUUGUGCUUAUUAUAUUGGCAACAACAAUUGGAAUAAUUUUCAAAAAAAUAUUGAAGAAAUUAAGGAAAAAAGAAGUCGAAAAGAAAUGCACAAUAUUCAAGAUGAACAAGUCGAAUAUAGAGUUUAUUGCUUUAAAAGGUGGUGUUUGUGUAAAUAACAAAGAAAUUGAAUUCAUAGCAGAUGAAUGCAAUUUGCCAAUAUUGACCGAAAGCCGCGAAUUGAUAUGUGUUGGUAAUUUAACAGAACGAACACUUAAAAUCCAAUUUUCUACCAAAACACAAGGAGAAAAAUUUUCAGUGAGAUUUAACCCCGAAAUUGUUACUUUGAAAAAAGGAUAUGCGUCUGAAUUUGAACUUUUUGUCAAACCCUAUUUUACUUGUGUUUUUGAAGAAAACAUUUUGAUCAUAUCAAAAAGUCUCAAAACAGGCGAGGAAGUUUAUAAUGAAAUUACAGUAAAAGGAGAAACUGUAUUAUCAACUCGACUUGAUCCUGAUGAAUUGCGAAAUGAGAAAAAACUUGGUGAAGGUGGAUUUGGUGUUGUUUAUAAAGGAAAAUACAGAGGAAAUGUUGUUGCUAUUAAGCGAAUGAAAAAUUUUGAAGAUAUCAAUUCAAAGAUGGAGUUCAUGAAAGAGGUUGAAAUGCUUGACAAAUUUAGAAGUGAGUAUAUUGUCCAUUUCUAUGGUGCUGUGUUUGUUGCAUUGAAGAAAUGUAUGGUUACCGAGUUCGCAAAAUAUGGGUCUUUACAAGAUUUAAUUAUUAAGAAUAGAAAUAAUGAAAUAUCAAAAGGAAUACGACUAAAAAUAUGUUUAAAUGCCGCAAAAGGUAUCUUUUAUUUACAUGAAAAUGGGAUAUUACAUAGAGAUGUUAAACCAGAUAACAUUCUCGUGUUUUCACUUGAUAUAAACGAAAAUGUUAUUGCAAAAUUAACAGAUUUUGGGUCGAGUAGAAACAUUAACAUGUUGAUGACUAACAUGACUUUUACGAAAGGAAUUGGGACUCCUGUGUAUAUGGCUCCUGAAGUGUUAAAAAGAGGGAAGUAUAAAAAGCCUGCAGAUAUAUUUUCAUUUGCCAUUACUAUGUAUGAAUGUCUGGGAUGGUGCACAGCCUAUCCACCACAAAGAUUUAAAUUUUCGUGGAACAUUGCAGAUUUUGUAACAGAAGGGAAAAGGUUGGAAAAGCCAAAUGAAAUAGAUAUGGAAUUGUUUAUUAUUAUUAAAGAAGCGUGGGAACAAAACCCCAAAGACAGAAUUGAAAUAUCACAAAUUGUUAACUUGCUCGAAAAUUACACACAAAUAUAA